AAGCAAUAUAUGCAAAGUACUCAACCCAUACAGUAGGAUACAGCAGUCCAAUCUGAAGGUUUUGAACAGAAGCUGUGUUUUCCCCAAUGUAGGGUUGCAGUUGAAGGAAGCCACUUCCAAAUUUCGGCCAUCAAGACAUUCUACACAGACUAUCACAACCACAAGGGGAUGGUACAGGAUAGUACUGCAGGGACCUGUGGACUUGUCUCUUCGAUGUCGCAAGCAACUUCAAAUAAAAGAAGCAAACAACCAGACUCUAAAAAUUUGUCAAGCUUGCAUUCGAAGAAAAGAAACGUAGACGACUAGCCAUCCGGAACAACUUCCCAACUAGUGGUGAUGAAAGAACACAACUGCUGUGACAUUUGUGCAAAAACAUGUACAUGUGAUAAAAACACAUGCUCAGCUGAACCAUCACAUGCUGAACAAAAGAUAAAGGAUAUCCUGCUGCAUGGGCUAGGUACAGCUGAAUGGAGAGUUGUUACUGUGGAAGACAGCAAUGUUUCAGAACUGAAAGAAAGUCUGCAAGAAUACAGAGAAACAUUACUGACAGACAGUAGUGACCACUUGUAUACAAGUCAAGAUUUAGCUGGGAAAGUCACUAUCAUGAACAAACAUUUCUGGAGGAAGAUUGCAUUGGGUUUUAAUUGAUUAACAUCAAUACCUUUAAUUUUACAGAAAAGUGAAACUAGUUUCAAGUCGAACUUGAUGGAGAAGGAGGGUCUCGUGAGAUCAGUGAAGUGGGCUGACAAAAUGGGAGUCAAGAUCGGCACCAUCGUGACGGAUCGUCACAGACAGAUAACCAAGUACAUCCGAGAUGAGCUUCAACCUCGCGGAACCAGCCACUUUUUUGACAUUUGGCACGUUGCUAAGGGUAAAUUUAAAUGUGUUCUAUUUCAUAUUGCUUUCGCAGGACUCAAGAAAAAGCUGCUGGCUGCUGCAAAACCAAAGGGGUGCGAAACAAUAAAGGAUUGGGUGAGCUCAAUAGUCAACAAUCUCUACUGGGUUGCUGCGUCGACGCCAGGUUGUGACCCAGACCUGAUGUGGGCUAAGUUUGAGAGCGCCAUAAACCAUGUACUGGAUGUUCAUGAGCAUGGUAACCCACUGUACCCGAAGUGUAUUCAUGGUCCCUUGCCACCCCAAAGAUGGCUUAUCCCUGGUAUGAUAAUUAGUUUGUUUUUACUGAAGUUCCAAUUGCUAGGCAAAUUUUUGAAAGAAGACGACAACCCAAACCCAAAACUAUUUCUUGACAAGUGUUAGUUUCCCUAAUCUGUGCAUUUUUAACUCCAUUUGUAAAAUUUAUUUACAAUGUGUACUAUGUCUGUACAUUACAAUCACAUUUAAUUUGUUUUUGCACACAUGUACAUUCUUUUUGUAUAUUUCCCGGUAGCUUCUAAAGUUACCUUUUUUUUUUUUUUUUCAAUUUUUCAGGAUCUAAACCUGCUGAGAAAGUUGCAGAACUAUUAGAUAACCCUUGGCUCAUGAAGGAUGUGCGGAUGCUCUCCUCAUCGAUGCAGACAUCUUCCGUGGAAGCCUUCCACUCGCUGAUAAAUCAGUUUGCUCCGAAGAUGUUUGUAUAUUCCUACCAUGGCAUGCUCUGCAGGUGAGCCCCUAGUCAAAUAUAAAAUGGAAUUUUAACCUAUGGAAAAGCAUACUUUUAAAAGCAAUGACACUGUGCAAAAAUCCCAAAACACAUAAAGCCUUUACUGUAACUUGUUUGUUUUAUGUUCUUUGCUUGGUCUACAGGGUUUAUCUGGCUGCCCUGCAUUACAACGAAAACACUGGCAGGGAGCAAGCAAGGAGUACUGAUGGAAGAUUGGCCUUCACCAUCAGUUACCCAAGGGCAAAACAGGAUACUGGUGGAUACACUGUGCGGAAAAGGCUGGUGCAUUGCACUUAUAGUAAGUACACAUACAUUUAUAAGCCGUGCCCUGUAGUGACCAGUGCAGUAUCUUGCCUUCUAAAAAAGCAUUGGAAUACACAAGGUUCAUCUUUUAUUGUUUUUGUCCUAGAAUACAACCAGCGCAUAAUUGACCAGACUCUUAGGCUUUUUCGAGGAAGGCAGCAAAGAUGCACGGUCAAGAUACAGCCAGCUUAUGAAGAACCCUGGGCCUCUCACUCUCAAGCACACCAAGCCGGACAAGGCAACAGCAGUCUCCACUUUUGUGUCGAGAUUUUCAAAGUCUGUAGCACCAGUGGGGAAACCAGAAGGAACGGAAGACUUGGUAGUUGAGGAUGAAGCGACAAAGAGAAAGAAGAGUAGAAAUAAAGACAAAAAGGGGAAGUCAGCAAAAAGACAGAGGGAAAAGGGAAUGAACAAAAAUAGGACCGAAGAUGACAGUGAUCAGGGAUCAGAAGUGAAAAAGAGAAGCCGAAAAAGAAAGAAAAGCAGCCGAGGAGAGACAUCCCAAACAGAGUAGAUUUAAGUUCCAUCUCGUGUGAGAAAAAAAGAAAAAUGGCAGACGGGUGCAAUAGAUGUGAAAAGGGGAAAAAACACAAUGAGCAAGAGAAACGACUUUCAGUAAAGAAUUAAUUUAUUCAUCAUUUUUCUUUUAAUGCGUGUACAACACCAAUUAAAGAAAGACUGACAACUUGGGAGACGAAUCAAGAGAAACAUUAUUUUACAUCAGUGCUCAAUGAAUUUGAGCCACUUUGCAACAUUGGUGACAUGUUUGUCUUUGUAUGCACUAUGUGUUCUAGGCUUUGGACAUUAUUGGUGAUUACUCAAAACAAUUGUCUUGGUGACCAGAAAUUGACAGUAUAAAACAUUGUUAGAAUCGACUUGCUCUGAUGUAACGUAGUUUCUUAGCAAAAAAAGAAAUUUCUCACUCAAAUAAUGAGACUUCAGCGAAGCCUUUUACUAUUGCCAUCUGAAAGAACACGGCCUUUUGCAACAAAUGUAUUAAUUUCUUGAAACUUGAUGACCAAUUAAAUCUGAAUUUUUACAGGUUUGAAGUGACACUACUUUCUUCCCAAAAAUUGGAACCGUCCGUAUCUGACAUUAUGAUAUGUUUUCCCGAUACACACGAGACGACAUUGCUGCGUCUCGAGUCUCUCGAGUCCAGUACUACUGUACGUAUUGUGUAUAUUGCUAAUGGGAAACCAGGACGUAUAACAAAGGUGCCAGACUACACAAGCCAAGCCAUGAUGGUCAGUCGACCAAAUCGCCCCAAUAAACUUCUUACACAUGUAAAUCAUGCAUGAAAGUCGUCCAAAAUGAAUCGUGAUCAUGGAUCAAGUACAUGUACACGACAUACAAGCACGAGUAUCUAGUAAAUGUAUAUACACGAGUGUACUUGUAUACAACAGUGGGAUAUUCAAGUUGGUAUUAUCGUCGCUGCUGCGUGCAUCCCUAGCGUAAUACACUUCGCGCAGCAACAUGUAUAGCAUGCACUGGUCAUCUAAUUGUGACGUCACACAUUCUAAAGAUGUAAACAAAGAUGACCUCUCGCUUUUCUUAAAACAGGACUCAUGCGGGUUGGACAUAAAUGACAUUUAAAAUAAAUACCAUGCCUCAAGGGCUAACAACCUAAUUAAAUAUAGUGUCUUUAUAACAUAACCUUCCAGAAAUGUGUAAACUUCACUGGUUUAGUAAUUCUUAGACGGCCUCUUUAACGACUUGACACUAUAAGAAAUAGUCAACUAGUGUCACAUUGUUUUUCCAUUCAGUGAGUUUUGUGAGCGAUACACAUUUGCACGCAAGGAAAUCGCCUUGAAAGUAUGGAAGACUGUAAAAAUCCAUUGUGUAUGACCAAAGUUCACUGAAGACAUUGCUGUUUUGUUGGACAUGUUGGAGUCGGCAGAGGUUGCCUUUCAUGGGGAGACGCUGGCUCAC